AUGCCCCUUACACUCAUGCUCAUAGACAGACCCGUACAGCCUUAGUCCCACAAAGAAACACCAGUGGAUAAAAGAGAAAUUACAGUAGAGUAAUAUGGAAGAGUAAAAGCUGGUUUUGAUGAUCACAUUGCAUUGCCAAACAGCUUUUGGGGAUAUGAACACAGUUAUUGGCACAGACAAUUCAGAAAUUCUGCAAUGAAAUCACACUCUUAGUCAGUGAUUUCAACAGUCAGGAUCUGAUUCUACAAGAGGUCAGUGGAUUUUUCAAAGACUGGGGCACAAUUUCCUAAAAAAAUAAAUGUCUUACAUCGGUGAAAAUUAAUUCAGACUCUGUUGCAAUGACAGAUCUCUUUGAAAAGAUGCAUAAACCGGAGACAGUGUGCAUCUUUGGAACGGGUGAUUUUGGACGCUCACUGGGGCUCCGUUUGCUCCAGUCAGGAUACAGUGUUGUGUAUGGAUCCCGGGACCCUAAAAACUCUCUGUUGUUGCCUAAGGGGUCAAAGGUCAUGACUCAUGCAGCAGCAGCUUGUGAAGCUCUUGUGGUGUUUGUGGCUGUGCAAAGGGAGCACUAUGGAUUUUUGAGCUCCCUGGUUUCAGAUCUUGAAGGAAAGGUGCUGGUAGAUGUCAGCAAUAAUCUCAAGAGGGGUCUGUACCCAGAAUCCAAUGCAGAAUACCUGAGCAGGCUGGUUCCAGGGGCAACGGUAGUCAAAGCCUUCAACACCAUCUCUGCCUGGGCACUGCAGUCUGGAGGACUAGAUGCAAACAGACAGGUACUUCUCUGUGGAGACCGUUCUGAUGCUAAACAGCAAUUGAUGGCCAUUGCUCAAAGUCUCGGUUUCACUGCUGUGGACAGAGGCUCCCUCCGGGUGGCUGCUGAUUUAGAAGAUCUGCCAUUGCAACUCUUCCCUCUCUGGAGACUUCCUCUCAACAUCGCCAUUUGUUUAACAGCUUUCAUAUUCUUCUACGCGCUCACAAGAGAUGUUAUCUAUGAGCGUGUUACCAAUGGUAAAGACAUCGCUUUUCGAAUAAUGAUCUCGCUGGCCAACAAGGCCUUUCCCAUCGUUUCUCUGGUGAUGCUGUCCCUCUGUUACCUGCCGGGCGCUUUGGCUGGAUUUCUGCAACUUUAUAAUGGCACCAAGUACCGUCGCUUCCCUGAUUGGUUGGAUCGCUGGAUGCUGUGCAGGAAGCAGCUUGGUCUGCUAGCGCUGGCCUUUGGUUUUCUGCAUGUUCUCUACACUUUAGUUAUACCCAUCAGAUACUAUGUACGCUACAGGAUAAAUGUCUAUACUAUAUCACUGGUAAAAGAUAAUAAAAGCUAUGAGUUUGACAACAUGGCAGCCUGGCGUUAUGACUCCUACUACUCCAUGGGAAUUCUUGGAUUUGGGCUGUUUGUCCUACUAGGAAUUACAUCCCUUCCAUCUGUGAGCAAUUCCCUAAACUGGAGGGAGUUCAGUUUUGUACAGUCUAAACUAGGCUACAUCUGCCUGCUGCUCUGUACUGCUCACACAUUUCUGUAUGGCUGGGACAGAUUUUUGAAACCUUCAUCAUAUAGGUGGUGGAUGCCUCCAGCAUACAUGUUGUCUCUGGUGGUCCCCUGUGUGGUCCUGAUUCUAAAGCUAAUCCUGAUCACUCCAUGCGUGGACAGCAAGGUCACCCGUAUCCGUCAAGGCUGGGAGAGACAGGGCAAGACUUUAGCAAAUGGCAGAGAUACAAAGACAAACCAACCACUCAUAGCGUAGCCAUCUUUAAACUUUAUGAAAACUGCCAUUCAAGAUGUAGAUGGGUUUGUUUCUUCAUUGGAACAGAUUUGGAGAAAUUUUGCAUUACCUGCUCACCAAUGGAUCCUCUGCAGUGAAUGGGUGCCAUCAGAAUGAGAGUUCAAACAGCUGAUAAAAGUCACAAUAAUCCAACAGUCUAUCAAUUAACAUUUUGUGAAGCAAAAGGCUGUGUGUUUGUAAGAAAUCAGUUAUCAUUAGGGUAUUUUAACCUUAACCAUUGCCUCCGGACAAAAUACCAGUCUUUAAUCCAUGAUGAUGCUUCCUCCAGUGAAAAAGUCCAUCUCUGUUGUUUUCUCACACUAACAACCACCAACCUAUUU